GUACAAAGGCAGCACACGAUGGGCUUGGCAGCUCCGCUGUCGCUGCUGUGUGUCCUCACGUGCGCCCAUGCCGCCACCAGGCCUCAGUCGGCGUUUGUCCACCGCGCUGACCUGAACCCAACAGCCUUGCUGCGUCAGCAGGAGACGCAGCGUGCGCGAAGCACCGGUGCUCGCCGGGGUUGGCAGUGCUGGGCGAGGAAACUGGCGGUGAUCGAGUCUUGGCACUCGCUGCUCGCGCAGAGGGACAUAACUGUCGGGAACAACCAAGGAGGACAGGCGAUGGAGCAACGGUACCUCCGCUGGCAGGGCUGGCUGGUGCGGUACGCCCUCGGCGGCAGCGGGGACGCCGCCGCGCCCACCGCCCUCCUGGUCCAUGGCUUCGGGGCCUCUUCCGACCAGUGGGACCGCGUUUUCGAACAGUUUUCUCCUUCUCCUUGUCCUUCUCCUUCUUCUUCUUCUUCUUCUUCUGCUGCUGCUGCCUCUGCUGAUGGAAAGUUGCCGCUUUCGGGCGGUGUCGGCGGUGACCUCGCCGGUGAUGCCGCGGCGGCGCAAGAAGGGGUUAGGCUUCUGGCGCUUGACCUCGUGGGCUUCGGGCACUCGGCGAAGCCUCCGCUGUCCUUCUCCCAGUACUCGUGGGCGGACUGCGCCAGAGACGUUGCUCUAAGGGUCGGCGGGGGACCGUUCUUCAUCGCCGGCAACUCGAUCGGAGGGUACAUCUCGAUGGGGGUGGCCGCAGACUGCAAGGAGCUCUGCCGAGGCGUCGUGCUCGUGAACAGCGCAGGAAGAAUUCUAGACGACGAGGAGUUCCAAACGGAGGCCACCGUCAAGUACGGGGGAUUAAGCGUCGAGGAGGCCACCCGCGGGGGGAGGCUGGGGGCCUACUCCGCCCCUCCCAACGCGGCCCUCGCCGUGCUGGGGACCGGGCUGUUCGCCUUCUUGCAGGGCCGCAUCGCGGAGACGUGCCGCAACGUCUAUCCGGUCAACCCGGGCAUCGUGGACGAAGGGCUAGCGGAGAACAUACUGCGAGACUCGUGCGAUCCGGGGGCUGUCGGCGUGAUCGCCGCCGGGGGCAAGCUCCCUUUCUCGCGCUCGGCCAAUGAGAUGCUGGGGAAGUUCGGGGGCCCAGUGUUAGUCACCCAGGGCGUGAAGGAUCCCCUCAACGACGCGGACGGGAGAGCGACGCUGUUCGAAGCUCUCGGCCCCCAGGUGUCGGUGGUUCGCUUGGACGGGGGACACUGCCCUCACCAUGAGGUAGCGGCCGAUGUGUGCGCGGCUUUGUCUGGCUUCGUACAGAGGGUGGAAGAGGGAGAACCAGCGCUCGUCAAGCCUGCUUUAUGA